CUCAAAAAUAAGCUACAACUCAACUCCCAAAUCUGUCUUUUAGAGCGAUUCGAAUGUUUUCUACCCCAUCCCAGUCCAACUCAGAUGCCCCUUGUUCAUCUUCUUCUUCCGUUGCAGUUCAUUUAGCUUAAAAAAACGAAAAGUAAAAGUGAAAAAUUAUCACCCGCUUAAACUCCUGAAAAAGGGCAGCAAGCUUUCCUUCGAGAAACCCAUGCAAAAACGUAUGACUGUUUAAUCUUCUGUCUGGUGGAGAGAUGAAUAGGGCAAUAAAAGCAGUCAUUUUCAACUCUCAAGGCAGCUGUCUUUUCCAAAGGGCUGCUUUAUUCCAUUCCACUCCUGUCCUUGAACACAAAAAACGCAAUUACUGGCAAUUUGGUAAGAGGAAAAGAAGGAUGCGUGCAAAACAAGAAUUACUGCGCAAUUUUGGUGCUUAUGCAGAUAUCAUGUUUGAGAACUGGAGAGAUGAGUUUCAUGAAGAUGAUCCAUCAUCAAGUAGAGGUCCGUCAUGGUUCAAAAAACAACAAAGUAAGGGAUCUAGAAGAGAUUGGUCCGACAAUAAAGGAUUUUAUUACAGGGGUAGAAGACCUUUUGAGUUUUGUGAAGACAUUGAUGAUGACAUAGAGAACAUAUUUAGGUCUGCAUUUGGUGGAAGCCGGUUCUUUUAUUGGUCCUUCAUUAAUGAUGAGUACCCUCAGUGGAGGAGAUCGAGAUAUUCGGAUAACUAUGAGAAAUCUUGGAGGUGGAGUUCUCGAUUUGAUGAAGAUUCAGACUCAACAGAAUCUGGUAAUGCUGAGAGUUCAGACCAAGAUACAAUUGCAGAUAGGCAGGCCCUUGGACUAAGUGCAUCUGGUCCUCUAACACUUGAAGAUGUCAAAACUGCAUAUCGAGCCUGCGCACUGAAAUGGCAUCCAGAUCGUCAUCAUGGCUCUUCCAAGGCUGUUGCAGAGGAGAAAUUCAAGCUUUGUAACUCAGCAUAUCAGUCGUUAUGCGAUAAGUUGGCGUUGAACUGAGAAAUGUUUUGAAGCAUGCGCUCUAGAUGUCCUCAAGCCGAUAACAUUUGUCAUAUUUAUGAUAAUGGGUGUUGACAUUUUGUAUUUUAGGUAGAUCAGAUAAUAACAGUGGGCGGCAUGAACACAUCAUGUAUGGAUUCAUGUGAUUUUAACACUUCAAAUUUGCAUACUAAUAUUUAAGAAAA